UAAAGUUUCUCUUCCUAUUUUAUGAAUGAUAUAGAUAAUAUAAAUUAUUAUUUUUCAAUGUUUUUGACACUAAUUUGAAUUAUAGCAUAAAAGAAAGUUGUCUCAUUAAAAUCUACUAUUUGAUAUUUCUGACGUCACAACUGAAAUAAAUUAAUUUAUUCUGCAAAGAGAUUUUCCAUUUGUAGCUUCACAAGUAUGGCAAACGUUACGGAAGACUAUUCGUCGUACUCUAUUGGAGCUUCGAAAUUAAGGAUAACAUUUUAUCCUUCUGCUGUUAUCCUUGGUAUUUUUGGCAAUAUAAUAACAUUGAAAAUUUUACUUAGAGGACCAAAAUCUACAACAAAUUGGUACUUGAAAAUUUUAUCAAUUGCUGACUUAGCAUUUGUACUUGUUUCGGCUUUAUUCUUUUUCAUUUUAAGCGUCACUGACUUCAAAGUUGACUUACGAAUGUUUGUAAAAUGCUCGUUCAUAACGUUCUGUUUCCAUUAUUCGUCAUAUUGUUCAAGUUGGAACUUAGUCGCCGUUACAGUUGAUCGUUUCAUUGCUAUAUACUUUCCACUAAGAUCUAAGACAAUUUCUACAAGAACAACUGCAAAAUAUACAACGUUAAUUUUAGCCAUUAUCUUUUUCGGAUUUUGUAGCUUUAUGCUUGGAGGACUUGAAAUAAAUCCGGCUAAUGACUAUAAAAAUCUGCAUUAUUCUAUUAGAUGUGUCGGCAAGACAAGAAGCUUAAGCAAAUUCCUCUUAAAAACCUUUCCUAUCCUUGAUUUUUCACUUUAUUCACUUAUACCUGCUACUUUAAUCUUAAUAUUCAACCUUCUAAUAAUUCUUAAGUUACGAAGAGCCGUUGCUGUGGGACCUAGCGUUGGUGGUAAAGUGAUAAGGAAAGUAUCAAAAAAGACUACGAAAACACUUUUAACAAUCUCAAUGACUUUCAUUCUACUAUCAUGCCCAAGUUGCGUUCUUAGCAUUCUAAUAAAUAUACCUGGCUACUUGAAAACGAGCUAUGAUUAUGCCGUCUUCGAAGUUUUAUUGGCAGUUUCCGACUGCCUAUCCUUAACUAACCAUUGUAUUAAUUUUAUCCUCUACAUUCUAACUGGGACUGAAUUUCGUAAAGAAUUAGUCAAAAUGUGUGCUGUAGAUGGAGCAGUAGACGAAGAUAGAACAAUGGGUUUUGCAGGAGGAAAGAGCGACCAGACAAUGGGUUUUGUAGGUGGAAGGAGCGAUCAGACAAUAGGAAUAGUUUCGACACGUACUAGUAGGAACCCUUAACUAUAAUAACUGAAGAUCUUAGAAAAGAAUUGAUUAAAAUGAGUCAAAUAAGAAGAGAAUGUUUAAAUACUACGUUUAUCUAUAGCAUAUCACGUUUUAGCAUGCUAAGACAUAAAACACGUCUUAGUAAAAAUAACGCAAGAUGUCUAUAUACUGUAUAUAUAAAAGUUUAUUCUAAAUUAGGAAAGCUCAUUGUAUCUAGUAAUAUAAAAUAUAAAACUAUGGACAACAUGGAAGUAUGAAACGACCAACAGCGACAAUAGUAGAAUAAUGGUAUUGUUCCUAUUUUCUUGCAUAUGGAUGUUAUAGUGUAGUAAUGAAGUUUUCAAAUGAACAAUUUAAAUACAAAAUAUACUACAUUCUUUAUUUAUAUUGUAACUUUGUUUUUA